UUCAGUCACAAUUUGGCUUCGCUUCGGCUUUGUGCGGUAGCGGAACUCGCGUACUUUCAACACGUUUCAUUCGCCGGUGGUGCGGUGCGGCUUGGUCUUAGUUUUUCCACUCGAGAUACACCGCAACAAAUAAACCUACAAAGAAAUAUAUUGGACACACGCAAACUGGAAAUUAAGCAGAAAAAUGCUUUGGCCCGGGGAAAAUUUAAAUUGCCAAACUGGUUUCACAGUCAAGGUCGUCGCUUCCGCCCAGCGACGUUGUCGUGCCUCAGCAUUGAGUCGGCGGUUAUCAAUGCAAAACUUCAACCUACUCCCACUAUAUGGUCUGUCCAGCAUUGUCAUGCUGGUGAUGAUUAUGUCGUCCAUAUCGUCGCUGGAUGCUAUGCGCAUUGACAAUGAUGGAAUAAUCAACAGCAGUCACAGUAGCAACAGCAACCACAGUCGUCACCGGCGCUCGGCCUCAACAGCCAGUUGCAUGCAUGAUGCACGCUUCUAUCGCAAUCCGACUAGGCCGGUCCACAAGAUCUGGACGAACAGUGAAUGUGCCAAGUAUUUCCUGUGCCUGGAUGGGGAGGUAUUUGAGUUCAAAUGCUCGGAGGGACUGCUCUUCGAUGUGGUGCGUCAGAUAUGCGACUUCAAGGCGAACGUGGAUAAUUGUGAUGUGAGUGCAGAGACGCCGGCUCCCAAGCCGCUGCUGGAUAUGGCCGAUUGUGCGGAUGAGUAUCAGUUGGGCUGUGCCGAUGGCACUUGCCUGCCUCAGGAGUACUUCUGCGAUGGCUCUGUGGAUUGUCCGGAUGGCUCCGAUGAGGGGUGGUGCGAUGUCGAGCAUGAUCCGAAUGCGGCUGGGGCGUGCGACUCGAAGAAUUGCCAGUUGCCGCAUUGCUUCUGCUCAAAGGAUGGCACACAGAUACCGGGAAACCUCGGGACCUCAUCUGUCCCCCAGAUGAUCCUGCUCACCUUCGACGAUGCCAUCAAUCACGACAACUGGGAGCUCUUCUCCAAGGUUCUGUUCACACAGAAUCGUCGCAAUCCCAAUGGAUGUCCCAUUAAGGGCACCUUCUAUGUGUCGCAUCCGUUUACCAAUUAUCAAUAUGUACAGAAGCUCUGGAACGACGGACACGAGAUUGCCGUGCAUUCAGUAACCCAUCGAGGUCCAGAAAUGUGGUGGUCCAAGAAUGCCACAAUUGAGGAUUGGUUCGAUGAGAUGGUGGGCCAGGCGAACAUUAUCAACAAGUUUGCCGCCGUUCGGAUGGAUGAAAUUCGGGGCAUGCGAGUGCCAUUCCUGCGCGUGGGAUGGAAUCGUCAGUUCCUAAUGAUGAAGGAGUUUGGUUUUGUUUACGACGCCUCCAUGGUGGCCCCACAUUCGAAUCCCCCCCUGUGGCCGUACACACUGGACUACAAGAUGCCGCACAGUUGCACGGGAGUUAACCAGAAUUGUCCAUCGAGAAGUUAUCCGGGCAUUUGGGAGUUGGUGAUUAAUCAACUGGAAGCCGGUGAAUACAGGUGCGGGAUGGUUGACAGUUGUCCGCCCCAUUUAAGUGGCGAUGAUAUCUACAGACUGCUAACGCACAACUUCAAGAGACAUUACCUGAGCAACCGAGCACCCUUUGGCUUGUAUUUUCACUCCACCUGGUUUAAAAAGAUUGACUAUUUGAAUGCGUUUUUGAAAUUUCUCGAUGAUCUGCAAAAACUGCCCGAUGUGUACUUUGUGACCAACCAGCAGGCCAUUCAGUGGAUGCGUCAUCCGACGCCCAGCAAUCAGAUGCAUCAGUUCGAGCCCUGGCACUGCCAGACUAAGGAGCUAGAUGACCACGAACAGGUUUGCAACAUACCCAACGUGUGUAAGGUACGCAGUAGGGUGCUACAGGAGGAUCGGUACUUCUACACAUGCAUGGAGUGUCCGGCCCAGUAUCCCUGGAUACGAAACGAGUUUGGCCUGGACUGAGGAGAAGCUAAAGCAAUUAGAUUUAAGCACUUAUUUAUGAGUCUCCGCUACAUAUAUUUUUAAACCGAUUUCCACAAGAGUUUUGUACUAAGCCUAGGCCAUAGAGAUAGAUGCUAUCCUCCUAUUGCGUUGUAAACGGAUUUGCAAUGCUUUCGACGCCGUCUGCGGGGCAGAUUAGUACCAACGCUGUGCCACGGCAGACCACGAGGCCGAGACUCCGUGUUGAGUCCUCGGUAAGUUUGUAGGGCUCGUCCGAGUCACGCAGAUACUCCACUGUGUUGUCCAGCACCAAGUUCAACAGAGCAUCGUAGCCUUUGAGAAUCCCAGAUGCUUCGCGUCCGCCCGCGAAUUUCACACGGAUCUGUUUCUCCAGAUAUUUUGAGAGGUCCAGAAUGGACUCCUUGCGGCGUUUCUCCUUGCCGUCAUUGUUUCCACCCACCUGGAAGGAGACGUACAUGUCGGUGAAAUGAAAUUACUUUCUAAUUUGGGUGUUUUUUUACCUUUUUAUCUGCCAUUUUAAGCAAAUUUUUUAUAUUUUAUUUAAUGCCGGUCAGUGGGCCUAUCGAUAUACUGUCAGACGAAAUACCGAAACAUACCUCCUCAUUUUAAAAAUAUACCGGAAAUAUACCGAUGGAAAAAACUAACUUAUCCCACUUAAGCCCCCCUAAAUUUAAAUAACUUGAGUGAAAAACUGUGUGUUCCUCUCUGACUACGGAUCCUCUGUCAAUCGCUUUGUAUGCACUGCAUUUUCUGGGCCGUUGUUGUCCAUACCCUCUCUUUCCUAGAGGCGAAAUUUGAUACGCUUCCUUUCAUGUUAUGGUAGGAAAAAGUGGAUUGCUGAAUGUUGUCAUCCAAAAACAUGAAUAUUUGGGUUUCAAAGCAGCUUGGACAACAGUAUUUUAAUAUUAGCAAGUAGCAGCAACAUACGCAAUCAAAUAGCAAGGAGUACAUAAAAUUAGUCAGUGUUGUAGAAAAUUAAUUCAUCAGGCGGAUAAAGUGAUGCGUUCAGUGCUGGAGUCUUAGAUAGCUAGUAAUCUCAAAUCGUAUAUCAAAUGAAUAUGAUAAAGGACAGAGAACGAUUAACCCAUUGUCGACCAAUGGGGUAUUUUAAUAUUCCCACGAAAAUGAUUAAACUUGAAGAAUUUAUGUGAAAUUCAGGUGGAAGGAUAGGAUGGAUCUACUAGAAGAAUUUACAUACAGUACUAUUUUCGGAAGUUAAAUAAGUUGUUCACCUGUUUAAAUAAAAGGUGGUUCAGUGGGCUAAUUUCGUAUUUUUCAUCGGUAUAGUACGGAUAUUUUAUCGGCAUGCACUCCAUUUUGUUUUCUCACGACUCUCACGAAGAAUAGUUUUUUCGCUACAGAAAUUUGUAUUUUAAAAGAAUUGGACGAGCGCAUC